UUUUCUAUAUUAUUUUCUCAUCACUUCUUCAUCCUCCAAUCUCCAUUUUUCAUUCCAAAAUCAAUCAUCAUCUUCUUCUCUACUACUCCUUUUCUGCACAAAGACAUCAAAGACUCAUCUUCAUCCUUCCACAAAACAGAUUCAUCGUAUUCUUCAGAGAAUGAGGUUUAAGUGGUGAGAGUCGAAGGAAGUUCCUUGACAGCGAAAUCGGUACGAAAUAGUAUCGUGACUUAUAGUAUGGAACUAACACACUGUCAUGGUGCUUUGGGGAUGAAGGAAAGGUUGUUGAUGUUGAAUUUACUGCAAAGAAAAAUUAUGACAGGUAAAACUUGUAUUCUCUACAAGGUUCUUGGUAUGGCGACCAUAAGCAAAACUCUGUUAGAGUCAGAGAGUAGUAAGGAUUCCUCUUAUGAUAGAAUAACUGAAGUCAAGGUCUUUGAUGAAACAAAACUUGGGGUGAAAGGGUUGUUUGAUUCUGGGGUCACAAAGAUCCCACGAAUGUUCCAUCAUGCCAAGGUGAAGGACAACACUGAAACCACACCAAAUGACUUAAAGUUUAAUGUCCCCAUCAUAGACUUGAAAGACGUAGAGAAAAACUCAUCCAUGCGUGUUGAAGCACUUGACAAGAUUAAAAGGGCAUGUAAGGAGUGGGGAUUUUUCCAAGUAGUGAAUCAUGGUAUUGGGGUUGAGGUUUUGGAUGAGAUGUUACAUGGAAUCCGAAGGUUUCAUGAACAAGAUGCUAAGGUGAGGAAAACAUUUUACUCAAGGGAUAUGAGUAAGAAAGUUAGAUAUUUCUCCAAUGGUAGGCUUUUUACAGACUCUACUGCUGACUGGAGGGACUCAAUUGCUUUUUUUUCUUCUCCUGAUCCUCCUAAUCCAGAAGAAAUACCAGUAGUGUGCAGAGAUAUUGUGGUUGAAUAUACAGAGAAAAUAAGGGCAUUUGGCUUAACAAUGUUUGAGUUAUUCUCAGAGGCUCUUGGCCUUCCUACUUCUUACCUGAAUGAAUUAGACUCUACAAAAGGAGAAUUUCAUUUGUGUCACUUCUCUCCACCAUGCCCUGAACCUGAAUUAACUAUGAGUUCUUCAAAUCACACUGAUAUGAGCUUUAUGACAAUUCUUUUGCAAGACCAGAUUGGUGGUCUUGAAGUUCUUCAUGAGAAUCAGUGGGUUGAUGUUCAUCCUGUGCAUGGAUCACUUGUUAUAAACAUUGGGGAUCUUUUACAGCUUCUAACAAAUGAUAUGUUCAUUAGUGUGUAUCAUCGGGUCCUAUCAAGGGAUAUAGGGCCUAGAAUUUCAGUAGCAAGCUUCUUUUCAAGCUUAUUUUUAGAAAAUGCAUCAGUGGUCGUUGGUCCAAUAAAAGAAUUGUUAUCAAAAGACAAUCCACCAAUAUAUAGGGACACUACUAUGGAAGAGGUUUCAGCCCAUUAUUUUAAGAAAGGCCUUGAUGGAAAUUGUUCCUUGCAUCCUUUUAGGUUAUGCAAUGGUUGAGAAUUCUAUCAUAGCGACUUUGGUUCAUUUGGAGCAUCUUUGCCUUUAAUGUGUAUUUUGUCACGAUUUACUUGUGCCUAAGACUUUGAUAAUUUCAGUUUAUUGUGAAUUUUAAGUAAACAACACCAAGCUCCACAACCCUUAAGUAUUUGUAUUGCACAAGAGCAAAUAAGCUUGUAGUUUAUGUAUUAUGAUAAUGUAACAUAAACUGUUGAAUGAUAUAUUAUUCUCGUAGUACUUAUAAAACUUUUUUAUGCAA